AUGUUCCCUGUUCAUUCAUGGAUUCCUUUCAGGCGUUACCCCCGGGCCUCCUCUAGACUGGUAUUGCAAGCAUCGAAAGAGACAGCGUUAAAUCCGUCUACUUUACCAAUUUCAAAGCGAAAGGCUAUCCAGGAAAGAGUUCGUCACAGGAUGCGAAGCGAAUCCCUUCUUUUGGAGGAAUUCGACUGCAGUAUUGAACAGUCACAUUUGAAUAGCGAUGUGAUUGGUGUUGAUAUUGGUGCUUUGGUAGAAAAGUACGACUCUUUAAAAAUCAGAGACCAGAGCAAGCAGCUGGACAUGCUUUCCGAGCGAAAGCUGAAUCCAGUACCAUGGACCAUUGAAUUUGUUAAAGCGUUUUUCUUUGAAAAAUGCCCUCUUCUGAAGGAUGAAAUCCAAUUCAUAGACCUAAGGCAAAAGCUGCAUUCUCCUGCGCAGUGGAUAGUUGUGGUGCCAAUUGCUAAUGAAAGGCACCGAAUUUCGGCCUGUGAAGAGUUUAUUGAUUUUUUCAAAAACCCGCAACUGUCCCAACUAUAUAGACAUGGCGACGCAAAAAGCGAUCCUUGGGUUUUAUUUGACCUUAAAUCGAUUUAUGUAAAUAUUAUGACGCCCGAGGAAUGUGUACGGCUUGAUUUGGCUUCUCUGUGGAGCGAAAAUGACAAUCGUCCAACCAAGACUGUAGAUCCCGUUGAAAGGCUCUUUUCUGCAAAGGACGAUCCCAAUUAUGUUCCAAGAAAGCUUUUAAAGAUUGUAAAGAAGUUGGAAUACCAGGACCACAAAACUCAACACGCUUCAAUGUCAAAGAAUCGCAAAAAGAAAUUGCGACAUUUCAAGUCACGUCCCAUUAUUUCUGUGAAGCCUUCUAGUGUGUCGAUAAAAUCAAAUUCUAAUGUUUCCUUUGUUAAAAGGGCGUUAGUUGAAAAGAUUGACAAGCGAUAUGUGAUGGAGGGCCAAUUUAAGGAGCUUGAUGGGGUGGCUGAACCUGAGAUUGACAUUGGGGCCGAAGGGCCUGAUCAAAAGACACUACAGAGCAUUGAGGCUGAAUAUUUGGCGAUGAAAAGCGAGUCAAGUGCUUUGAAAGGAAGGAACAGGGAAGCUAGAAGAUAUAGAAAGUCAAUCCAGAAACACAGAGAUGAACUUGAGGCCUUGUCUAAUGAAGAAUGUCUUUAG